AUGGAAGGCGUAGUCACCUGCUUUGAAGAUGACAGUCCCCUUCCUGACUUGACCAAGAUGUAUCUUCCGGGAAAUCCACUAGAAAGCUUGCCAAAGGACCGGCAGAGGGAGAUGAUUGCAAGCCUCAAAGCUCUUUCUCGCUAUCUUAAGUCCUGCGGGAGGACACUUGCUAAACCAAAAGAGGUGUCUCCCGGAUAUAUGCGACGACUACUUGGGAAGCGAUCGUCAGCCAUCUUCCGGCAUCUGGAUACCUUGCGCGCCAUUGUUGAUCGCCACGAGCUCACGAUUCAAAAGAGAUGGACGAAGAAGACAAACAAACAGAGGUUGAAAAUCAUGCUCAGUGCAUGGCCAGGUCUUCCUGCUUCACAUCGUCCCGACUUCCUUGCGCAUCGGAUGAAGGCCGGGCCUGAGUCCAGAGACGCCUUCAUCUGGCCUUAUCUCAACCAGGAGGAUCUCAUCAGGCCGAGAGCAUUGCUUUUGCUACUGAACUAUCGAUCUAGGAACCAUCCAAGUCGAUUCGCCGUUGCAGACCUGGAGACGGCUUCUCUGGGAAGGAUGCUGGGAACUAUUACCCCUGUUUUCUUGCCUACGCAUCUCGUUACCCUCAACGGGAUCUCAGAUCGAAAGAAGGACCAGGACUAUGGUAAACUUCUUCUCCACGGUGGUCUUCCUGAUGCUCCUGAUUGGGAUAAGAUCUUGACGCAAUUUGACCCGAGUGAGGCACUUGUGGUACUGGAAGCCCAAGAACGACUGAUGAGAUUUCUUGUUGAGUGUUGCACUCUUAUUCUACAUGACAUACCCGUUGAUUUGCUGACAAGCCAUUCUUACCCAAUACAACCGGAACCCCCAUCCGUAUCCCAAAGAUUGAUUACCGGACAUGCUUCACUCUCGAUCAUGGCACAAGAAACACCAUACUGUCUUCCUCCAUCUCUUCCAGAUAUGUCAAGGUUAGCAGCUCUACUCUCUGCCGCAACUGUCUCUGCGCAAGACCAUUUGUGGUCGCUCCGUGAGGAUCCUGGAUUUUUUCUCCAUUUCAUGUUAGAGCUCAAAGAACAUCGCACGGAAAUGAUCUUGGACGCAAAUGGCAAGAAGCAUCCGGUCUUACAUCCACAACACAUGGAACUGUUUUGGGAAACAGUGAUCAUCGAUAUUGUCCUGUUUCCCUAUAUGAAGCUUAAUAAUCUAUCCAAAUUGGCACAAGUGGCACAAUCCCUCCACGAUAUGCAGCUAGGAUCAUCUUCCCCUCGCAUUUCAAACAGAAAGCCUUCUGAGGAUUACUUCUACACCCUGAUCAGAUUUCGCGCGUACCUAACCUACGCGGCCCAGACCCCACUCAGGAUGCUACAGAUGUUUGUGGCUGGCUCUAUUCCGUUCCGCUCACUCCACGUUCGUGAAUCCAUCAAAGCUUCACAGGCUCCAAUACGUGCAGAGACCAGAACAUCCAUGCUAGGAUCCAUUGAGGCUCAACUACUCUUCCUUCUAAAAACAUUGGCGGAUAAUGGUGACACCCUUGGUCUACUUCGGAUGCCGCUGGUUGUUGAUGAACUGCAGAGAUUGAUCGAAAAAGAGCCGCGUGCGAGGGACAUGAUUACUGGGUUCAUCGGGGGCAUAAUCGGACAUCUGGCGAUCAUUUGCGAAUGCCUGAAACAGGUCGACAUUUGCCACACGUGGGCGGAAAGCUACGAUUCUGUUAUGGAGGAGCACAACGAGGCAGCAUAUGAUGAAUGGAACAAGGCUGCCGCGAUAUGGGAAGAUAUGGUAGACGUGAUGCACAAGUCAGGCCCGGAGUGGAAGAGAAUAGUACAAUUGGGUAUUCCGAAGAAGGGCAAAUUUGAUUACCCUCUUUGGAAGUGCGAGACGGAGGACAAUACAAAACUAUUACGACAGUCAGAAGCCAACUUGGACGCCUUCUGGUCUGCUCUUGACAGAUUCAUGAACAAAGAAGUUGGGGGUCUUGCAGGAACCGCAGUCAAAGAUUUUCUUACUCAACCACGCCUCCUACAGCGAACCCCUGAGUGGAUUGACCCUGGUGAAUCUAUCGAAACUUCUUCAGAUUUCAACUCACAAACUUCAUUGAUGCCCCUCUCGGAGCUAUACUCUCAGCUCGAGUUACGAACUUCACAAACAUUGUGUAACAACAGCAACAAAACCUUGUCGUCGAAGACCAAAACCAAAACUAGAGGAUCGCCCUCAACCUUGAGCGUCGAUCUGAAUCCUGAUGUUAAGACAGAGCGACCCGAAUCCCGAUUGAAAUUCACUGUGGAUGCCCUUGCGCUCAAAGUGUUUCGGACGCUUUUCUUCACACCCUUACUCAACAACACACCAGGCGAAGUGCUUUGGAAAGAUUUCAUCCACGCCAUGACCUCCGUGGGGUUUGGUUCAGAGAAAUUGUAUGGUUCGAUUUGGCACUUUACCCCUGACAACUUGGAUGUCGAGCGAAGCAUUCAAUUCCACGAGCCACAUUCUCCAGCCAAGGCUAACAAGAUACCUUUUCACAGUGCACGCAGACAUGGUAGGAGAUUGUGUAGGGCAUAUGGAUGGCAUGGUGACAUGUUUGUCUUGCGGGAGAAGACUGUGAGUGCACCAAGUGCAACAACCCCUGAGCCGUGA